CAGCGAAUGGUCAGUGCCCUGCCCAUCUGUGUGGGAGCACUGUGCUGCCCUGCUGGGUGCUUCCGUGCUGGGAGCUGCUGCUGUGCUUCCCUGGUGCUGGCAGCCUCCUGGUCCUGCAGUGUGCCAGGAAGAAAUUCGCUCCACACCUUCUCUGGUGCCUGCUGUUGAAGUUGCUGGCCUUGUUGCUGGGGCUGCUGAAGAGCAAUGCUGAGUGACAGUAACUCUGUGAAGCUGAAAAGUGAUCAUUUACCUCCUGUGCAAUGGUGUAAGGUGGCUGCACAUGAAGAUGAGAAGACCAAGCUGGUUUUUAAAAGAAUUCUUGCUCUGUUUGUGGUUGGAGGGUGCCUCCUUUAUAUCCUCAAGUUACAUUUUGGCCCUGAGGAAUGUGACAGAACACAAAUGCCAUAUGUGGACCUCGAUCGUAUAAGGAGGGCACAGCAAUUUGCCAGAGCCACGCUGCAGGAGCAGUGCCGACCUUCUUACGUGAAGAAAGAGAUGGGGAAGCUGUUUGCAGAGAAGUACAGCAUGGACAUACCUCCCUUUGUAAGAAAAAAUAUGAAUGAAGAUGAAGCUUUAUUUAAAUAUGAACCUCCAUUUGGAUUUCACAAGUUCUUUGAUAAACUUAAAGAUCUUCUUGAACUCUUACCUGAGCAUGAUUUACCAGAAGAUUUGAAGUCAAAGCACUGUAAGCGUUGUGUUGUUGUUGGCAGUGGUGGAAUUCUUCAUGGAUUAGAGCUGGGUCACUUACUGAAUCAGUUUGAUAUUGUUAUAAGGUUAAAUGAUGCACCAGUUCAAGGCUACACGGAUGAUGUUGGUAACAAAACAACAAUACGGAUGACUUACCCCGAGGGAGCGCCCCUUUCUGAGCACGAGUAUCCUCCUGCAAGCUUGUUUGUGGCUGUUCUGUUUAAAAGAGUCGAUUUCAACUGGCUUCAAGCCAUGGUCAAAAAUGAGACCUUGCCUCUGUGGGCUCGAUUUUUCUUUUGGAGGGAGGUUGCUGAGACAAUUCCUUUCACGUCAAAGCAGUUUCGGAUUCUGAAUCCAGUCAUUAUCAAAGAGACAGCUUUUGACAUUUUACAGUUCCCUGAGCCUCGAUCAAAAUUCUGGGGUUGGGAUAAGAACGUACCUACGAUUGGGGUCACAGCAGUUGUUCUGGCCACGCAUUUAUGUGAUGAAGUGAGCUUAGCAGGAUUUGGAUAUGACCUGGAUCAGCCCAGCGCACCUUUGCACUAUUACAACAACCUCUGCAUGGCUGCCAUGAAAGAACAAACGAUGCACAAUGUGACGGGUGAAACAAAAUUCCUGCAAAAACUGAUCAAAGAAAAAGUUAUCAAAGACCUCACUGGAGGGAUUCACUGUGAGUUCUGCAGCAAAGACAGCUAGUGACUGACUUGCAGCAUGGAUGGGAUUUGUUACAUUUCCAGAGGUUUAGCUGGAUCAACCCUUUCCCUCUCUUUAGUUCUUUAAAGUGUAUGUGAAAUGGACGUGGAGUCCCUGCUGCCUUUUUUAAUGUCGUGUUCAAGCUUGUCGGACUUUUAAAUUAAUUUCCCUGUCAGAUUUUGCUUUGCACAUUUCUGUGAAUAGCUAUGUACAUAUUACUCAGAGUUGAAAGACAUCCAUUUAAAGUAUUUAAUGUUUCAAGUUGUCUGAAUAAAAGCAGGUUUUUGUUUUCAGAUGCAUAUGGAAUGCACAUGGCUGGCCUGAAUUCCCCAACAGUGUACAAGAGUUAUUUUCCCCUGAUCUGCUGUCUUUGUUGAUCCAGUUCUUGGGUGUCUUGACUCCUUUUCAUGCAUGCCAUGAAAAGAAAGGCGUAUGCUUCUCAAGUCUUUUCAUGUCUUGAACUUGAGCAUUGCAUUUACUCCUCAAAUAUUUAUAUUCUUUUGCUAAUACAUUUUUUGGGGGGUGAAGGACAAAUGUAGGAGUGGAGUUCAAGGAAUAGGAAUUGUUGUGGCAAUAACUGAGUAGUCAAUACUUUGAUGUUCAUGAUUGAUAUUAAAACCAUUGAUGUGUUAAUGUUUUAGGUUAGAAUCCUGCUUUGUGAAGCGCUUUUGGGGCCCAGGGCACUCUAGGAGAGGAUUUAGACAGGAGGAAGCUUUAACCCAAACCAGGUCAUUUGUUAUUUCCAUUACUGAAGACCCUCCUAAAUGUUUCUAACUAGAAGAUUUGCAGCAGGAUUCAGCUACCCCAAUUAAAGAAGUAGCAUUAAUACAAAAUCUGCCCCUUCUUUAAAAUUUAUUUUUUGAGUGACUUGGGAAUUGCUGGUUCUAUAAAACACUAGUUUGUAUCAAUUGUUUAGCAAUCCUAAAAUCUCUGACUAGGCUACAGUUUUAUGAUUCUUAGGUAAUUAAUUAUAGAUAUUGUCACCUUAAUAGUUUGCAAUGCUGAUAACCCUUGUGAAGUCCAGUAUUGACUAUUUAAUUGGAGAGGUAGAGUUUUUGGUUUUCCUCCAAAUCAGUAAUUGGGUGAGUGUAUAAGUUAAGAAGAAAAUCACUUUAAGAAAGUAGCAUAAUCUAAUACCAAUGUAGAUAACUGCUGAAACCAGCAAACUUAAGAAACAAAAAGAGAAAAGAGAGCUAUAGAUGUAUGUUCUUGGGGGUGGAAAUCAGUGCGCUGCAAAGGCACUGGGCUGUGCAAAUCUGUAAGCAAGUUUUUAUGUUAAUAUUUUUGUUAUUGAUAGAGUAUCAGGUGUGACUGUUUACACUAAGGCGUGUUGUUACUCAAUCUACAGUAUGUGAAAGCUUGUCAACAAAUCAAUCAAAGGUUGCUCCAGAAACAUGGUUCAUAGUCAUGGACUCUUCACAUGGUGAAGGUUCCCACUGUGUUAUGGCCAAAGAUUCAAAUGAAGUUGUAGUUCCAAAUUUUACAAAUAAUUGUGUGAAAAUACAAGAUUAGGGUGGUUGUGUUUUGGGAUUUUAUUCCAUGGAGAUAAAAUGCAAUGAAUGAUAAUGUUACAAUGCAGGAGCAGCAGACUGAUGCUUACUGUUAUACUAGGAGGCAGUAAAAGGACAUCAGAUCAUAAAGCAUAACUGAAAAAAGUUUUGGACCUCAUCUUUCCUAAGUCCCACAUGUCUACACAUCCUUUAAAGUCAGUUGUGGCGGCUGAACAAAUUUGAAAAUCAGGAAUUCUUGUGUCUGGCACUGUCUGUGUUCAUAGCAAUAAUAUUAAUUUAGCUUCCUCCUCCAUGAAAAGCAUUAAUUUUUAUACUAGCAAUAAAUUUCUAGGUUUUUUUGUUUGGUUGUUUGUUUUUUGUGGGUUUUUUCCUUUUUUUUUUUUUUUUUUUUUGUAAGUAUGUUAUUUAAUUUAAAAAUAUUUCAUAUGUGAAGAAUUUUAUACAAAUAGGCCUUUAGUUAAUAUAUUAAAAUGUGGUAACUAUUUUCUCCUGGUAUUUAAAACUGGAAGCAGAAUACCUUAAUUUCAUUUAGUAUUAAUGAAAUUUUGGAAGAUUUCAGAAUGUGUGUGUUUGGAGGAUAUCUUGAAUACACCACAAGUCUGUGUUUCUGAGCACCUUGACCCUCACCACUUUGUUUUGUUCAGCAACUUAAAAACAAUCAGUUGAGUAAUGUAAAUGCCCAUAGCCUUUUGGAGAUGCUGUAUUUACUGUCAGAAUUGCAAAUUGUGUGGAUGUAGGAUUCUAUUUCCUGCCUGUUUUAUGGCUUGUGGUAAAACCUUGUUCUCCAUGGUAGUCUGUGCAGACUUGACACUCUGUGAAAUGGCAGCAAAAAGCAAUAAACUGAUGAAACCACUUUCUAUUUA